AUGUUUGAAUGCAAGCUUGAGCAAGCUGUUCUCUUCAAGAAGGUUGUGGCUGCCGUCCUCGAUAUAGUCAAAGAGGGAAAUUUCGACUUGAGCGACGAAGGCAUCAGGGUUCAAACCAUGGACACUACACAUGUCGCCCUGGUCCAGAUGGAAUUGAAAGAGAGCGCUUUCGAUGAGUUCAGAUGCGACAGAGAGAGCUGUGUUGGUAUCAACUUCGAGGCUCUCACCAAGCUACUCAAGCUGUGCCGUGAUGACGACUCCUUGUCUCUGAAGAAGGAGGAAGAUUGUGACACUUUGACCAUCACCUCUGCUGGUGAGGGCAGGGCUGUAGAGUGUGAUAUGAACUUGAUGGACAUCGAAAACGAGCAGCUUGGCGUGCCUGAUUGCGAAUACUCAUGCGAGAUCAAGAUGAAGUGCUCGCAAUUCGCGAAGAUCUGUCGUGACUUGAAGGACUGUGGUGGAGAGAACUUGAGGAUUGACUGCGAUAAGAACUCUGUGAAAUUCUCUAUGAAAUGCGACGGGCAUGUGAAGUCAUCAUCAAUCAAGUUGGAGCACGAUGUUGAGAUUACUCAUUGCAAGGAGGCUGUCGAGAAUUUAUGCUUCUCUCUUCGUUAUCUUCUCUUGUUCACUAACAAGGCUUGUGCGCUGAGUGAUGAUGUAACACUUCGUCUUUCAGCAGAGACUCCACUCAUGAUCGACUACUGUGUGGCCGACUCGCCUGAGAAGGGUUUCGUCCGCUAUUUCCUUGCCCCUAAGCUGGAUGAUGAGUAG